GUCAUUUCCCACUUCAUCAGAGGCUUCACGCACGUCGACAACGCAGUGAGUUACAGAACGCGAAUUGGGCUCGGAGUCUCUCCAUCCUCUCUCCGCACAGCCUUCAGUCAAAAUUCCCUUCGGGUACUAGCGCUGGUACAGACUUGUCAGAGAAUGCCUUGGGAAUGGGAAUACCUGGACGACUCCGAUCCCCUAGUGGCCAAAAUGGUCAGCCACACGACGCUGUUUGACAAGUACGUCAAAUUGAAACCGGGAGACUACAUCAUGAAUCCCCAAUUCCUUCGAUUGGAGAAAGAGAUGAAGUUCACCGUCAGAGAGGACGACGUCUACAUCUCCACUUACCCCAGAUCGGGUACAACGUGGACGCAAGAGAUCACUUGGUGCAUCAUGCAUAAUGCGGACCUGGAAGCUGCCAAGGCCAAAACCCUCAUGGAGAGAUCCUUCUUUUACGAGUGGGAUUACUUGUUCCCGCUCGAAGAAGGCCAGCCGCUCCCGGAAAUAGUAUUGAAAAUGGACCCCAACAGUAUAGUGUUUCCGGGGAAUACUGCUCCAGCGAUGGAAAAGUCCGAGUCCCCUCGGCUCAUCAAGACUCACCUCCCCAUGUCACUGAUGCCCGAAGAAGCCAGGACUAAAAAGGUGAUCUACGUUGCUCGGAAUCCGAAGGAUGUCUGCAUCUCUUACUACCACCACAUGCUUCACUUCGAGGAAUACAUUGGAUCCUUUGAUGAAUUCGUCGAGUAUUUCCUCGCUGACCUGCUGCUGUGGAGUCCUCAUUGGCGACAUGUCGUAGAGCAUUGGAAACUUCGAGAGAUGCCCAAUAUGCUGUUUCUGACUUAUGAGGAACUGCAUCAGGAUAUCAGGGGAUGCAUUUCGAAGAUUUCCGACUUCGUCGGCUGUCCCUUGACAGAUGAUCAAACGGAAGCGAUAGUCGAGCACACGAGUUUUGACCUCAUGAAGAGCAACAAAUCUGUGAACAUGGAAAAUAUUGACGAUAUGAUGGGGCUGAAGACGCAGGAAUUCAUUAGACAGGGGAAGGCUGGAGGCUGGAGAGCGCGACUCACCCACGAGCAAAACUGUCACUUCAACGAGUAUAUCCAGGAACAUUUGGCUGAGACUGGACUCUACUUCCCUGAGACGUGACCGGUUCACAUCUCCAUCAGAAUCAACCGCGUCUCCCAUUACAAAAGGAAUUUCAUGGUCAUUAUCAAAGGAGAAAUUCGGACUUCACUAUGGAAAUGAUUUAACUUCAUUCCAUUAACAAUUCCUCUAUUAUUGUAUAACAGGAGAGACAGCGUUCAUAUGGUUCUCAGAAUAUAUGCACUAAUUUCUUCA